AUGGCGUCCACUUUUCUGAAGGUUGCGGUUUCCUGUCUUUCAAGAUAUUCUCAUCCCGUGCUCCUGAGAGCACAUUCGACCACAGCAUCCCUUUAUCAGGGUAUCCCUGGAUCACUGUGGAAUCUUGGCAAGCUGAACCAUAUUGCCAUUGCUGUCCCAGACAUGGACAAGGCCACGGCCCUAUAUCGAGACGUCCUUGGUGCCAGAGUGAGUGAAAAAGUGCCUUUACCGGAGCAUGGCGUCUACACAGUGUUUGUAGAGCUGGGGAACACAAAGCUUGAGCUUCUGCAUCCUCUUGGGGAGAAGAGCCCAAUUUCUGGAUUCUUGCAGAAGAAUAAGGCCGGCGGAAUGCACCACAUUUGUAUUGAGGUGGACGACAUCAAUGCUGCAAUCAAAGACCUGAAAGUGAAGAACAUCAGAACUCUUUCAGCAGAGCCGCGAAUAGGAGCUCAUGGGAAACCAGUGAUGUUUCUUCACCCAAAAGACUGUGAUGGUGUACUCGUUGAGCUGGAGGAAGCAUGA